AUGGUCCAACAUCGCUUCCCGGACACCGAUCUGCAAGCCCUCAAACAGAUAGCGACGGCCGUGCGUGUGGUCUUUACAACCACUUGCGACGAGCUUCGAGACAUUCUUGAACAACUGGAAGUUCUCGUGUGCGACGCCAACGCUGGCCUGGUCAUCAUUGACUCGAUUGCCUAUCUGACUCGCAAGGAAUUCGCGCUCGAUAACAUUCGCAAAGCUGACUACUUGUCAACUUUAGCAUCAUUGCUGAAGCGCACCGCAACCAGAAGUAGCAUUCCGGUGCUGGUCACGAACCAGAUUACCACCCGUUUCGAUGAGGUAACAGCGGAGGCCUACGUCACGGCUGCCUUGGGCAAUACCUGGGCCCAUAGCGUCAACAUUCGCUUGGCUCUACACUUUGCUCCCGGGGAUGGUGCUGGACGACUUUUGAGCAUCAGCAAGUCACCGACGGCUCCAUACCAGAUUAUCCCGUAUCAAAUUACACAGGCGGGCCCAAUCGAACUAGACGUGGCUGGAGAUCAAGCUAUAGGUGGCCGCCUGGCAGAAAGUAGCGCGCACGGAGCUCGCAUUCUUAAUCGCAACAUGGCAGAUCAAGCCUUUAGCACCUAUAGUGGUCAGCACGAGGCAGUUCUCGCGGCGCAAAGCGCCCAAUACUAUUACUAA